AUGCCUUCACGAACAACCGAAAGGUGUACGUCAAGUGAGCCACUAGCUGCUCGCAACGAAAUAUGCAAAGUUAGCUGGAAUUUCGUAAGCUUUGAUCCGUUGACUGUCAACGACGCCAAGGGACAGAAGGUUCAAGGGAAGUUGAUUAUGGGUUCUUCGCCACCACAAGACAUCACCUAUAAUGGUUCAUUCUGUGAUGAUAUGAUGCUAAAAACGGACACCCCUACUCUAUACGAAACUUGCGCGGACGUUACAAGUACCGCCACAGAUGCAUAG